GCUGAUAGAAGCGUGUGUAAAUUGUGCAGCACAGCUGAUCACUGCAGUUACUAAAUCAAGGAGUUAGAACCUUUUAUUUGCUUGGAUAAAUUCUUGUUGACGUCUCUUAGUAAAAUAACCAUAUCAUUUUUGUAAAAGGAAUUUUUAUCAUAACAAAGUCAAUGAAGCAUUAAUUUGUUUGUAUUCACAACUUAGUUGAAACCGAAAUAUCGCUGCGUUUGAGCCGGUGCUUGUUUUGGGAUUUUGUAAGUUGUUUUGCGGAGAGGUAGUGUUUCCAAACGGCUGUGUUGACGCAUUAUAACUGUCUUCGGUAUAAUGAUGGUUACGAACUAGAGACACAAAAUAACAUAUCCUGUACGAUCCCCUAAAUUUUUAUAUAAAACUGACAGAAAAUUUCGUUCGUUGACCUCUUCUCGAAAUUUAUCUUUUAGAACAGUUUUUUGCGUGCGUACAAGUUUCCAGUAUGAAUGAAUUUGUGACAGUCAAAACGUCUGAAGGUAUAUUAAGAGGAAAAUUGGCGAAAACUUCAUCGGGGAUCAUGUAUUAUAGCUUCCAAGGAAUUCCUUAUGCGAAACCCCCCGUAGGACCGCUGCGUUUCAAGCCACCACAGCCUUUGAGUCAGUGGGAUGGAAUUAAGGAUGCACUGGAAGAAGGAAACAUUUGUUCACAAAUAAAUAUGAAGGGCCAGUACAAAGGAAGUGAAGAUUGCCUGUAUCUGAAUGUGUAUUCUCCAAAGAGUACAUCAAAUGGUAAUGGUUCAAAGGCAGUGAUGGUAUGGAUUCAUGGAGGUGGAUUUACAUUGGGAUCAGGAAACUCUGAUCGUUUUGGACCAGAGUUCUUACUUGAAAAAGAUGUUGUGGUUGUCACAAUCAACUUCAGAUUGGGAGCACUGGGUUUCCUUAGUACACAAGAUUCCAUCAUACCUGGUAACUUAGGUUUGAGGGACCAAAUUGCUGCUCUGCAGUGGAUUAAAAGGAACAUUAAUUACUUCAGUGGUAAUCCAGACAAUGUUACAAUAUUUGGUGAAAGCUCUGGAGGAGCUUCUGUUCAUUACCUUAUAUUGUCACCACUGGCAAAAGAUUUGUUCCAGCGUGCUAUUGCACAAAGUGGCACAGCAUUAAUUCCUGGAUCAUUCAGCAGAUUUUCAAAAGAGAGAACUUUCCGUUUGGGAGAAGUUCUGGGCUGCAAAACUAAUGACUCACAAGUUCUUUUGAAUUUUUUCCUGGAACUCCCCGCGAAGAAACUGAUAGAAGCUCAAAAUAUGGCUUUGUCUGACGAGGAGAAACGGAGAGAUGUACUUUUCCCAUUUGUCCCAUGUGUGGAACCAAAGUUUGCUGGUUACAGUGCAGUACUUCCUGAUGAACCAAAGACCUUGAUAAAAAGAUGUUCAUUUUCUGAAGUUCCUUUCAUUGUUGGUCUGAAUUCACAUGAGGGAAUAGCCUUUGCUAAAGAUGUUAUACAGAAUGUGAGAGUAAGGGAAGAAAUUGAAAAUGACUUCAAAAGGUUGAUACCACUGGAUAUGAAUAUUGAUAAUAGUAGUGAUGUAGCACAUGAAGUUGCCAAAGAAAUCAAAACUUUUUAUUUUGGAGAACAUUCAUUGUAUGAAGAAACUAUUGAACAGUUUGUGAAUCUAAAAACUGAUUUGCGUUAUGCAUAUGCUGCACACGAGACAGUGAGACUUCAUUCAUUCCACAGCUCAGCUCAUGUGUUUUACUACCUAUUUUCUUAUGAAGGUGACCUGAACAGCGUAAAGAAACAAAUGAGAGCAGAACAUUUACCAGGUGCGACUCAUGGAGAUGAACUGAAUUACUUGUUCAGUAAGUUUUCAAAUGGCAAAGAUAUUCAAGCAAAAGAUCAGAAGAUUAUAUCAGAAAUGACCUGUAUGUGGACCAAUUUUGCAAAAACAGGGAAUCCAACACCCAACAAGAGUGAGCAAGUACCAGUAUUGUGGCCACGAUACUCACAUGAAGAUCAGAGUUACAUUUGCAUAGAUUCUGAGCUGUCAAUAAAACAUGGACUAUUUAGUGAACGUAUGGAAUUUUGGACUCAGCUAUACAAAAAGUACUGUAACACAUUAACGUAAUAAAUAAUAUAGUUGAUUAUGCUAAUAUACAAAGAUACCUGUAUAUUCAAUAAAUUAAAAAAAGUAAUUAAAAUGAA